AUGUUUCCAGUAGCAGGUGGUCUAGGUCCCCCUCAAGGGAUGAUUCCCAUGCAGCAGCAAGGAUUUCCAAUGGUCCCUGUCAUGCAGUCCAACAUGCCAGGCAUGAUGGGGAUGAAUUAUGGUUCUCAGAUGCCUCCUGGACCCAUGACCAUGCAGGGUGGGAUGCCCUUAGGGCCGAUGCCAGGGACUGGAAUGCCUUACAUGGGACAGGCUUCUUUCUUGGGAAUGCGUCCAGCAGCCCCACAGUACACCCCUGACAUGCAGAAGCAGUUUGCAGAGGAACAACAGAAGAGGUUUGAACACCAGCAGAAAUUCUUAGAAGAAGAAAGAAAACGGCGCCAGUUUGAAGAGCAGAAACAAAAGCUGCGACUCCUAAGCAGUGUGAAGCCAAAGACAGGUGAAAAAAGCAGGGAUGAUGCUUUGGAAGCCAUUAAAGGAAAUUUAGAUGGUUUUUCUAGAGAUGCUAAAAUGCACCCAACACCAGCAUCACAUCCAAAAAAGCCAGGCUCUUCCUUGGAGGAGAAAGUCUUAGAUAAUGGCUCACAUGAAUGUGAACAAGAGCAAACCAAACUUAAAGCAUCUGAAGUUGGGCACAAAGCCUCAGCUACCAGCAAAGUGCAUCCCAGUCUACCCAUCAAUGAUUGGGAUGUUGUAGGUGGACAUGAAAGUGGUACCACUGCUGCAGAGGUGCACAAGGCUUCAGAACAAAACAUAGCAGUUGAAGAGUGUGGAGUUGGAGUGUUCCCUUCACAGGACCCAAUUCAGCAAAUGAUGCCUCCUUGGAUUUACAACGACACCUUGGUGCCAGAGUUGUAUAAGAAAAUUUUAGAAACCACUUUGACUCCUACUGGAAUAGAUACAGCUAAGCUCUAUCCCAUACUGAUGUCAUCUGGAUUGCCCAGAGAGACCCUUGGGCAGAUUUGGGCCUUAGCCAACCGAACCACCCCUGGGAAGCUCACCAAGGAGGAGCUCUAUGCUGUGCUGGGGAUGAUAGCAGUGACUCAGAGAGGAAUACCCGCAGUGAGUCCUGAUGUGUUAAACCAGUUUCCAGCAGCUCCAGUCCCCACGUUGACUGGUUUUCCCAUGCCACUGCCUGCCAUGAGCCAGCAGCCCCUGCUGCCCGCGGCACCACCCGGCUCAGUGCCCCUCAGCAUGGGGCCGGCCGUGGUGGGACUGAGCAUCCCGGCACCAGGGGGUGGAGCUGCCCCACAGCCCUCGGGAGGCUUCCUGCCCUCCUUCCCACCUGGCCAGGUAGUGAAACCAGAAGAUGAUGACUUCCAGGAGUUUCAAGAUGCUUCAAAGUCAGGCUCACUAGAUGACUCUUUCACUGAGUUCCAAGGGGAUGUAGCUGGCUCCUCCAAAGCAGCCAGUUCACAGCACCAGAGCAGUGUUCCUUCUUUACUAAUGCCACUCCCAGGUAAUAAGACACUCUCAUCAACUGAUAAGUAUGCUGUGUUUAAAGGAAUUGCAGCUGAGAAGCCUUCUGAAAGUACAGCUACUUUUGGAGAUUGUGGAGAUAAGUACAGUGCGUUCCGUGAACUGGAACAACCAUCAGACAGCAAAUACCUAGGAGAUAACCUUGCAGAAUUCAAGCCUUCAGGAACCGAUGAUGGUUUCACAGAUUUUAAAACCGCUGACAGUAUCUCACCACUAGAGCCACCUACAAAAGACAAAACNUUCCCUACAUCCUUCCCUUCUGUGCCCAUUCAGUCCAAACAGCAAACACAAGCAAAAACCUCUUUGAAUCUGGCAGACUUGGAUCUCUUUACCUCCACUGGUGAAAACAAGCAGCCCUCCUUCCCACCUGCAUUUAAUACAUCAAAAUCAGGCUCCUUCCCUCCACCACCCCUUCCAUCUACCACUUCCCAACAAGCACCCAGCAAAAGUUCAAGCUUAGCUGAUGAGUUUGGAGAGUUCAACCUCUUUGGGGAAUUUUCUAAUAGUGCAUCAGCCAGUGGACAAGAUGACUUUGCAGAUUUUAUGGCUUUCAACAAUGGCAGCGGAUUUUCCGAACAAAAAGCAGAUGACAGCUACAAUGCACUUAAGUUAGAGACCAGCCCUGUUCCUCAGCCUGGCUCAUCUGCCAGCACGGUGAAGAGUGGGCAGAGUUCUGCCACCACGGCUACACCCACCAAAUAUGAUAUCUUCAAACAGCUUUCUCUGGAAGGCUCUGGAGCAGGCUUUGAGGAGGGGAAGGACAACCCGCUUUCUUCAGUGAAGAGCGAUGACGAUUUUGCCGACUUUCACUCUAACAAGUUUUCUUCCGCGUGCAACAGCGCCGAGAAGUCCCUAGUGGACAAAGUGGCAGCUUUCAAGCAGGCCAAAGAAGAUUCUGCUUCGGUGAAGUCUCUGGAUCUCCCUUCUAUUGGUGGCAGCAGCGUCGGCAAGGAGGAUUCUGAAGACGCUUUGUCUGUUCAGUUUGACAUGAAACUGGCUGAUGUGGGAGGAGAUCUUAAGCAUGUCAUGUCUGAUAGCUCUUUGGAUUUGCCAACAGUUAGUGGCCAGCAUCCACCAGCAGCAGAUAUAGAUGACUUAAAAUGUGCCCCAUUUGGAAGCUGUAACAGUGGGUCUGCAGUCAGCAGCCUGGCAAGCUAUGACUGGUCCGACAAAGAAGACAUUCACCAGGGCAAGAAGCUUUCCUCCUUUGUCCAGUCUUCAGGAAGUGGAUCCUCUGCAGCUACCUCUGUUCUUCAGAAGAAGGAGACCUUGUUUGGCAGUUCAGAAAACAUUACCAUGACAACAGUUUCCAAAGUGACAACCUUUUCUAGUGAGGAUGCUUUACAGGAUGUUUCCUUUGCAGCCUUUGCAAACUUUAAAGACUCUGGACCAACAUCCAGUGGUCCAAGUGACGAUGACAUCGGAGACUUUGGUGAUUUUGCAAGACCUUCAUCAGAAGCCCAGGAUGCAGCAGCAGCAGCUGACACAAACCCAGAGGCAGAUUUCCUUGCUGGUGGUAUCUCCUCUGAACUGCGAAGGGAGUCCACAGAUGACUUUGGAGAAUUCCAAAGUGAAAAGCCAAAAAUCAGCAAGUUUGACUUCUUGGUGGCAACUUCCCAAGGCAAGGUGAAAUCUAGUGAAGAGAUGAUCAAGAGUGAGCUGGCUACUUUUGACCUGUCUGUUCAAGGGUCUCAUAAAAGGAGCUUAAGCCUGGGUGACCGAGAAAUAAGUCGCUCUUCACCUUUGCCAGUUUUGGAGCAGCCAUUUAGAGAUCGUUCAAAUACUCUAAGUGAGAAGCCUGCCUUGCCUGUCAUCAGAGACAAAUACAAAGACUUGACUGGGGAAGUUGAGGAAAGUGAGAGGUAUGCAUAUGAAUGGCAGAGAUGCUUGGAGAGUGCCCUGCAAGUCAUAAAGAAAGCAAAUGAUACCUUAAAUGGAAUAAGCAGUUCAUCCGUUUGCACUGAAGUUAUCCAGUCUGCUCAAGGCAUGGAAUACUUACUGGGGGUUGUUGAAGUCUACAGAGUAACAAAGAGGGUUGAACUGGGUAUCAAAGCAACCGCUGUUUGUAGCGAGAAACUCCAGCAGCUGCUGAAGGACAUUGAUAAAGUGUGGAACAACCUAAUAAGCUUCAUGUCGCUUGCUGCUUUAACACCAGAUGAAAACUCACUGGAUUUCUCCUCUUGUAUGCUGCGUCCAGGGAUUAAAAAUGCCCAAGAUCUUGCCUGUGGAGUGUGUCUCCUAAAUGUGGAUUCAAGAAGUAAAAAAGAAGAGAAACCCGUGGAAGAGCUUCCUAGAAAAGCCUUUAAUUCAGAAACAGACAACUUCAAGCUGGCGUAUGGAGGGCACCAGUACCAUGCAAGCUGUGCAAACUUCUGGAUCAACUGUGUGGAGCCAAAGCCUCCAGGUCUCAUUUUGCCAGACCUGCUCUGA